AACUUCCUCUUUCGGGGUUCUUCCUUUCUCUCAGCUCUCCCUCUCUCUCUCUCUCAGCCUCUGUCUUUCUGCCCAUCUCCCCCACUGUCAACACCUCUUCUGUGUGGUGAGCAGACUGCUCACCCCUCCAGGUGAAGAUGUCGGCCCAGGAGAGCUGCCUCAGCCUCAUCAAGUACUUCCUCUUCGUUUUCAACCUCUUCUUCUUCGUGCUGGGCAGCCUGAUCUUCUGCUUCGGCAUCUGGAUCCUCAUCGACAAGAGCAGCUUCGUGUCCUUUGUGGGCUUGGCCUUCGUGCCCCUGCAGAUCUGGUCCAAAGUCCUGGCCAUCUCGGGAAUCUUCACCAUGGGCCUCGCCCUCCUGGGUUGUGUGGGGGCCCUCAAGGAGCUCCGCUGCCUCCUGGGCCUGUAUUUCGGGAUGCUGCUGCUCCUGUUCGCCACACAGAUCACCCUGGGAAUCCUCAUCUCCACUCAGCGAGCCCAGCUGGAGCGAAGCGUGCAGGACAUCGUAGAGAAAACCAUCCAAAACUACCGCACCAACCCCAAGGAGACAGCGGCCGAAGAGAGCUGGGACUACGUGCAGUUCCAGCUGCGCUGCUGCGGCUGGCACUCCCCGCAGGACUGGUUCCGGGUCCGCACCCUCAGAGGCAACGGGUCGGAGGUGCACCGCGUGCCCUGCUCCUGCUACAACUUGUCGGCGACCAACGACUCUACAAUCCUGGAUAGUGUGAUCUUGCCCCAGCUCAGCAUGCUCGGACCGCUGGCGUGGUCCAGACACAGCACAGACAUCUGCGCGGUCCCUGCAAACAGCCACAUCUACCGCGAGGGCUGCGCGCAGAGCCUACGGAAGUGGCUGCACAACAACCUGAUUUCCGUAGUGGGCAUCUGCCUGGGCGUCGGCCUACUCGAGGUGAUCUGGCCCCGCCCCCACUCGCAAUUGGCCCUAAAUCCCCAGAUGGCUCCUCCCUUUAUUUCGCGUCCUCCGGUUGCCUGGGAAAGACGCGCUCGGGGCGGAGCGCAGCCUACCCGGGCCCUCCAGCCGCCCCACCCAGCACGAGAGGUGGAGGAGGCCUAGCUUCAGGGAGCCCUGAUUGGCCGUAGGCAGGGAAAACCUCCUGCUAUUGGCUGCGAUCUCCCACCCCUUUCCUCGCAGAUGACUGUCAUGGUGCUGAGCUUACAGCUACAGCGCAGGGCACUCCACCGGAAACGCGAGCCGCACGUGCCAGGAGCCCGGGGUUCGAGCCCCGGGCCCAGCCUGAUCGCUGACAGCGGCGGCGGCGGGCGCUGUGGCGUGCUCAGCAGCAGCGGGCGCAACGUCAGUCUGUGGAGUGGCUGGGGCAUAGCGGGUGCCUGCCCCAACUGGGGGGUCAAGGCCCCACAGGGCAAGCUGCCCAUGGCCCUGGGGCCCUGGCCGCUGUGGGUUCAAGACGAGGACCAGCCUGAUACCGGGAUUGCGGGCGCAGAAUUAGAGGCCGAGGCAGAGGGGGAGACAGAUGAGCCUCCAGAAUAAAGGACCCUGUGCUUGC